AUGAUAAGACCAUUUUCUAAAGCGGGGCCAAGACAAAACACGAAACGAAAUAAUAGAAAAAUGUCAUCUGCUAUCGUAACCGACUCUCCCGAAAGGAAAAAAAUAGAGGAGAAAGAGUAUAGUGCAAAAGUUACUGUUAAGAAAAUGACUACAAAAGACUCCAUAAAAACGCGUAAAACAAAAUCAGAAAUAAAUAAAGAAAAUUCCGUUCUGCAAGAUGACUCUGAUUCGUCUGACUCUAUCUAA